UAAUUGAAGUUGGGCACUUAUCCUCUUGGAUUAUUCUACAAAUUUGAUCCUUGAAAGUUGUUCGGAUAAUCAAAAUUUUUGUUAGGAAAACUCUCCGUUCUAAAAUUUAUCUCGUUCCAUCAUCAAUUUUGAUUCUUUUCCGAAAUAGCUAUCCGGCAUUCCAUGCUCAAGUCUCAAAUUGUUAAAGCAUAUCUUGUUCAGUCUCAGCACUGGUCUUGUCCAUCUCCCCCGGUAGAGUACUUCUGCGUGGCUGCCAACGCUGCCUCCUCGCUCUGCAUUCUGCCAUGAAAAUUGUUCCACGUCGACAUCUCCAGUGCACGGAGUGUGUUUCUAUGCGACUCCUAUUGUUCAGGCAAUGCCCCUUCUUCGAAUGACGACUAAAAUUAUCCCUCCCUCCCACCGCUCGACGCCGCGCGUGCCCUUGCGAUGACAACAUCACUUCGGAACAUAAUCACCAGACACAACCCCAUAACGCUUCUCGACUCAUCCUUCGGCCCCGUCACCCUUGCCCACGUCCACCAAAUCCACGCCCAACUCCUCGUCCAUGGCCACCUCAACCACCCCCUCCUCUUCGUCCAGUUCCUCGCUGCCGUCGCCCUUCUCUCGCCCAGCAACACCACCCCCUCUUCUCCUCAGCACCACGAACGACAACUCCUGCUCCUCUAUUCUCAGCGGCUUCUCGAUUACUCUCCGCACCCGCCCACCACCUUCGUCCUUAACUCCUUAAUUCGCGCCCACUCGAGAGGCCCUGACCCGGCCCCUGCCUUCCGCUUCUACCGCCGACUGCUCUGCUCCCCCGACGCUCUCUCCCCUGACCGCUUCACCUUCACCUUCCUUGUCGGCUCCUGCGGCCGAGGAGGGCCCUCCUCCGCCGCCGGGGUCAUUGCACAUGCCGCCGCCCUCCGCCGCGGCUUCGUUUCCAACCCCCACGUCCACAGCGCUCUAAUCCGCAUGUACGCCCAGUUCGGCCUCCUCGACGCUGCCCGCCGCGUCUAUGACGAGCUUCCCGACCCUGAUCUCGUUUCCCGCACAGCCAUGCUUGGAGCCCUUGCAGCCGCUGGUGACAUUGUCCUCGCCCGCGAGUUGUUCGACAGUAUGCCCCGCCGGGACCCCAUAGCCUGGAACGCCAUGAUCGCCGGGUACUCGCAGGUCGGCCGUUCCAGAGAGGCGCUGGAACUGUUUUCCUCAAUGCAGUUGGAGGGUGUCAGAGUCAGCGUGGCGACGUUGGUCUCGGUCCUCACCGCAUGCGCCCACCUGGGCGCGCUUGACCAGGGCAAGUGGGUGCACGCCUACAUGCAAAGGAACAGACUCCGCGUUACGGUAACGCUCGGUACUGCCCUCGUAGACAUGUACUCCAAGUGUGGCGACGUCGGGAGGGGGAUGGAUGUUUUCUGGAGGAUGCAGGAGAAGAACGUCUACACCUGGAGCACCGCGAUGAGCGGGCUGGCGAUGCAUGGAGCCGGCAAAGAAUGCCUCGAUCUCUUCGAGCUCAUGAAGGAACAUGGCGUGCUGCCUACCGGGGUCACCUUCGUCUCCGUGCUUCGUGGGUGCAGCGUAGCUGGAUUGGUCGAGGAGGGCCGCCGGCACUUCGACUCCAUGAGGGAUCAGUACGGAAUCGAUCCAUGGCACGAGCACUACGGUUGCAUGGUGGACUUGUACGGGCGAGCUGGGCGGUUGGACGAUGCCGUCCAUUUUAUCAAUUCGAUGCCCAUUGAGCCGCAUGCUGGAGCUUGGGGAGCUUUGCUCAACGCUUGCAGAAUUUACAGGAACAUUGAAUUGGGCGAGUAUGCAAUGAAAAAGAUGGUGGAGAUGGAGUCGAAGAACCAUGGGGCUUAUGUCCUCUUGUCUAAUAUCUACGCCGAAUCCAGGAACUGGGGAGGAGUUAACGAUGUCAGGGAGUCGAUGAAGGCCAAGGGUGUGAGGAAGGAGCCAGGUUGCAGCGUGAUAGAGGUUGGUGGUGAGGUCCAUGAGUUCUUUGUGGGGGACAACUCACAUCCCAGGUACAGGGAGAUCGAGGUGAUGCUGCGAGAGAUAUCGAGGAGGCUUAGGUUGGCGGGGUACGCGGCCAAAACGAACGCGGUGAUGUUCGACAUAGAGGAAGAGGAGAAGGAGGAUGCUGUGUGUUGGCACAGUGAGAAGUUGGCGAUCGCCUUCGGGCUGAUUGCCUCGGGAGAGGGCGCUAGCAUCAGGAUCGUGAAGAACCUUAGAGUGUGUUGGGAUUGCCAUGAUGCUACCAAGUUGAUAUCCAAGGUGUUUCAGAGGGACAUCGUCGUCAGGGACAGGAACCGGUUUCACCACUUCAGAGAUGGGAUGUGUUCUUGUACGGAUUACUGGUGAUGGCUUCCACAUCUUUUAUUAUUUUUAUUUCCUUUUGUUGGAGCAUCACAUAAACACAAUCGCCAUACUUGUUUUUGAUUUGCAA